UUCUCGCACCGUGGAAACGGAAUAUGUUCCAGUGAGUCUGUGAAGGGUGAAGUUUUGGAUCAGAAAGAAGGAGAAGGAGGAAAUGGGUGGAAGAAGCACACUGGUAAAGGCGAUAAAGUUCGCGAAGCAUGUGAGUGGACGGAAUGUGACGUAUAUGCCGAGACCCGGCGACGGAGCACCGCGGGCUGUGACGCUGAUACCGGGGGACGGAAUUGGCCCUCUGGUGACGAACGCGGUGGAGCAAGUUAUGGAAGCGAUGCACGCUCCGUUGUACUUCGAGCGAUACGAGGUGCACGGGGAUAUGAAGCGUGUUCCGGAGGAGGUUUUGGAGUCAAUAAGGAAGAACAAGGUGUGCUUGAAAGGGGGGUUGAGGACUCCGGUGGGUGGUGGAGUGAGUUCCCUCAACGUGCAGCUGAGAAAGGAGCUUGAUCUUUACGCUUCCCUCGUCAAUUGCUUCAACUUGCCCGGCUUGUUCACGCGCCACCACAACGUCGACAUCGUUGUCGUUCGGGAGAACACCGAGGGCGAGUACGCAGGUCUCGAGCACGAGGUUGUUCCUGGCGUUGUCGAGAGCCUCAAGGUCAUGACCAAGUUCUGCUCCGAACGUAUUGCACAAUAUGCGUUCGAGUAUGCGUACCUAAAUAACAGGAAGAAAGUCACCGCUGUCCAUAAAGCCAACAUCAUGAAACUCGCAGAUGGUCUUUUCCUAGAAUCUUGCAGACAAGUAGCAACAAAAUAUCCUAGUAUCAAGUACAAUGAGAUUAUUGUCGAUAAUUGCUGUAUGCAACUUGUCUCUAAACCCGAGCAGUUCGACGUUAUGGUCACUCCUAAUCUUUAUGGCAAUCUAGUGGCAAAUACGGCAGCUGGAAUUGCCGGAGGCACUGGUGUCAUGCCUGGAGGCAACGUUGGGGCUGAUCAUGCUGUCUUUGAGCAAGGUGCUUCGGCAGGAAAUGUGGGAAAUGAAAAGAUGGUGGAGCAGAAAAAGGCUAAUCCAGUUGCUUUGCUUCUCUCCUCCGCCAUGAUGUUGAGGCAUCUUCGGUUCCCUUCAUUUGCUGAUAGACUUGAGACUGCUGUGAAGCGUGUCAUUUCAGAGUGCAAGUACAGGACAAAAGAUCUUGGGGGAGACAGCACUACCCAGGAGAUUGUUGACGCUGUCAUUGCCAACCUCGACUAAAUUAUUAAUGGGUGUUCGUUUACCAUUCUUAAGUCUUGUUGACCAGCUGAAUGGGUAUAAGAUUUCCUAUACCGAUUAUAUAUCUCUAAUUCUCCAUCAUUGCUGCCAGAAUCUUUUGGAAAUAAAACUUUUGGCAUGGAGGAGGUGAUUUCUAUGGCGGUUUUUUGUAAUAAGUUUCUUUCACUAUUUUUUUUUUUUAAAUGGUUGAAGGCUUGACUUACAUUCUUCUCCACUCUAUUACUAGAUGAACAAUUUUAUUCAAUUUUGCUCGGCUUUGUCAUGUAAGGAGAUAUUUGCUCCUCAAUGGAAGAUGCAUUAUGGUACAAUAGCAAGUUUCUGUCUAUCGUUAGAAGUCAAUUUGCGAUUGCAAGGGCAGUGCCUAACUUGUUGCAUUCCAAGGUUGGGUUCGGGGUCUGAAAGAAUAGUGAAUGCUCACUCGAUGAGUAGCCGUGAGAGUACGCUCAAGUAGCAUGUUUGACUGACAUGUCUCGAAAGUCCAUGACUUCGAAUCGAGGCAAUGAAAUAAAUCUUUUUCAUCCUCUCAAAUCUCAGGUGGAGAGAACAAAAUUGGCUACUUCAUUCAUGGUGCAUCAUGUCCUGAGAAACGGAAAAAGAGAUGAGACACGCUUAUGGAUCUAAAAGAGGCUGCUGUUCCUUUUGUGUGACGUGAUUGAAACGAAUGACACGUCCAUUUUUUACAUCACAUUUUUUAUUACACCUUUUUUAUUUGUUCUAGAUCAGGUUAUUACCUAAAGCACAGGCAAUUAGGUGG